CCCAGGGUACCAAGGGCUUUCCAUCCUCCGCACAGGAUAGAAGACCAGUUCCCACGCACUGGGGUGAUCCACUGUGCAUUUCAGCAACAGAUUACUCUUCCAGGCAAAAUAAAUAAAUAAAACCACAGGCUUUUGUGACGAGCACCAUGCGCAAUGACUAACUCCGUGGUCGGAUCCGAGCGCUGCACAGAAAUUUAGUCCGCAUCAUUCCCUGACAGCUCCCUGAGAGAGGCAGGGCUGGAUUCACAGACUGCAACAGAGCAGCAUGACAGACACAGUGAUGAGCAGCAGCUCAGAUCGCUGGGUGUCCAAUGACAGGCAGAGGAACAUGCACGCUAGUGAUAAAGAACAGGGCAACUGGACCAUGCAGCCAGGCCCCGGUCCCGGUCCAGACCUCACCGAUGAAGAGAAGGAGAUUAUAAACAGUGUGAUCGCCCGUGCUGAGAAAAUGGAGGCCAUGGAGCAGGAGAGAAUUGGGCGUUUGAUAAACCGCCUGGACGACAUGAAAAAGACUGUGUGUGGGGAUGGAGUGUCCCGCUGUUUGCUGUGUGGAGAGCAGCUGGGCUCACCUGGGGUCAGCUCAGUGGUGUGCGAGGACUGCAAAAAGAACAUGUGUACCAAGUGUGGCACACAGUGUGGCAGUCGGCCACGCGCUGUGUGGCUGUGCAAGAUCUGCAGAGAGCAGCGAGAGGUGUGGAAGAGAUCUGGUGCCUGGUUUUUCAAAGGUUUCCCGAAGCAUUUCCUGCCAUCACCGAUGCCAUUAUCUAAAGCAAAAGAGACAGGUGCCCAGGAGGCAGCAGAGCCCCAGAGGCCAAAAGCCUCUGGGCCCAGGGAGACAGUAACCCAACAACAAGCACCAGGUCAGAAUCAAAAUGAGGCUCUUGCCUCUGAACAACAGGUUUCAGGGCCCGAGCCACAGGGCCGUCCUGGUUACCCACCUGUGGCCCCUAAACCAGUUAUGCGCAUGGCCUCAGGCGGGGCUGGCCCAGAAGAGGCCGGGCAGGGCAGCCCAGUGGUGAUGAAGAAGAUGGUGCCUGUCCAGAGCACCAGACCACAGCCUUGUGCAUCUACCAACGUGACGCAGCAGGGUUCAAUGGUCGGAGAUGGAGGUGCUUACUCUUCUGGUGCAGUUCCUCCAGAGCAGAGAGCGCCUCCUGCAGUGAGAGAGGACAGGAGGCAGCCGACUGCCUAUGGUGCCCCUCCUGCCCGACAGCAACCUCCCCCAGCUGACGAGGAGGAGGAAGUCAAUGACUAUGACUCGGAUGAAGCCACCACUCUGGGCUCUCUAGAGUUCAGUCUUCACUAUGAACAGGAAAGCAACAGCCUCCACUGUACCAUCCUCAAAGCAAAGGGACUGAAACCCAUGGACUCAAAUGGACUGGCAGAUCCUUAUGUCAAGCUUCAUCUGCUGCCAGGGGCUAGUAAGUCGAACAAGCUGCGCACAAAGACACUGAGAAACACCCGCAACCCUGUGUGGAAUGAGGCGCUCACCUACCAUGGCCUGACAGAUGAGGACAUGCAGCGUAAGACCCUCAGGGUCUCUGUCUGUGACGAAGACAAGUUUGGGCAUAAUGAGUUUAUCGGGGAAACCCGAGUGGCACUGAAGAAACUGAAGAUGAAUCAGAAGAAAAACUUCAACGUGUGUCUAGAGAGAGUUGUGCCUACAAAGAAAACCGCAACAGCCGGCACAGCCAGAGGGAUCGCUCUCUACGAGGAUGAGCCGGGGAAAGACGGCACAGAGGUAGAAGAGCGUGGUCGGAUUCUGAUAUCCCUGAUGUACAGCACCCAGCAGAACCGCCUCAUUAUAGGCGUUGUGCGCUGCGUCCAUCUGGCGGCCAUGGAUGCGAAUGGUUACUCGGACCCAUAUGUCAAAAUAUGUCUGAAGCCUGACAUGGGGAAGAAGGGAAAGUGCAAAACACAAAUCAAGAAGAGGACUCUGAACCCAGAGUUUAACGAGGAAUUCAGUUUCGACAUCAAACACAGUGAACUGGCCAAGAAGACGCUAGAUAUAUCAGUGUGGGAUUACGAUAUUGGGAAGUCCAAUGACUACAUAGGUGGAUGUCAGUUGGGUAUCACUGCCAAGGGAGAGAGGCUGAAGCACUGGUAUGAGUGUUUGAAGAACAAAGACAAGAAGAUUGAGCGCUGGCACACCUUGUUAAAUGAGAAUCACGUUGCUAGUGAUUAACCACUUGCCCCAUCGCACCAUACAGCAUGUGCUCAUACUAUCCUUCCUAGCUGGCUUGCAUUUAUCUCCUGAUCAACUUUUUUUUAACCAUGUUCUUGUUUAUUACUUAAUCUUCUGUAUUCACUGCUCCCGUUUGGCCUCCUCCCCGAGUUAGUAUACUGUUCUGUCCCGUUUCCUUAUAAACGAUUCCUCUGCCUACACUGAUACUUAAUCUGCCUCUGGUACAAAUCAUGGCGCAAAUGAAUUAGAAAUUUUUGUUAAUAUAGCUGAGACAUCUGUCAGCAAGGCCAUCACGCCUGUCAGCGAUGUUACACGUUGUGCCGAACUUGACACGUUCUUCGCAAAGGAAAAUGAUGUUUGACUUGCACAGAAGAAGAAAAGCAAUAUGCUACGACAUCUGUCACAACCUUUGCUCAAGCUUAAAAAAAGGCUCGACAGAGCUCACGCUUAAAAUUUAUUAGACUGUAAAGGUAUUAUCUUUGUUUUCUCACGUGAUGACAUCACGCUAUAGUGUAACACUUGACCUGUAUAAGCAUGUCACGCCACACACAACACUACAUGCAGCUGCACCUUCAGAUACUUCAACUUUCUCAGCAUAUUGUAUAUUACCAUGAAGAAAUGUUUACAUAAUGAUACAUUGCUCAGGUUAGUAUAGACAUCUGAUUACAACAGAUGAUUCAUAAGUCAGUGGACCAUGAGCUAGAUCAAUCUUCAAUCAGUUGCUGUUAAUUUGUGAUUUAAAAUUAGAGCACUUAGUUUAAACCAGGAGGUUUUUUUCUGUAUGGUAAUUUAAACUGUGAACUCUGAGUUUGUGGAAAGUAUUAACUAUGUGUUUAGAGAAACUGAAAAAUGAACCGUGAUGUUUACUUUCCAGUUGAUUUCUUUGUCGCGGUGAGAACUGGCAGGAAACAAACAAACAAACAAAAAGAACUUCAUCCUGCUACCUCUACUCCUCUGAAGCUAGCGGUUCACCCUGACACCUCAGAGGUUUUCUACUGCAGUGUUUACAUGGAAUGCACAGAGUCAGGUUUCUUACAGCUUUCCCUAACAAAUUUGGCUGCUCCGCUUAACAAGCAGAGAAGGCUGGACAGGUUAUGUCAUUAGUAUGUGCAGCUUUACCUGCAUGCACUGUGCUUGUGACUCUUGUGUGCCUGGGGCAGUCAUGGCCCGCUUUUACCCCGAUGUACCCUUUGCACAAAACAGCCUCCCCCACCCUCCUCGGUCUGCCACACCCCAAUCAUUCAAGGCUUUAGUGUGCGUUUGUUCAAUGAUUACAAAAAACCAAGGAAAGCACACCUUACAAAGUGGAUCGACCUCAAUUUAUACAGCUGUCUGCAAGUUAUUCCAAUGUCAUAACAAAGACGAAAACAAAAAGAUUCUAUGCAUGAAAUGUCUUGUUGUUCAAGAUACAGAUACAUAUAUAUAUGUACUUUGUAAGAAAUCAAUGCUAUUGUAAUUCCAUCAAUGUUUACACUUCUCCCCCACAACAUUCCUGUUAAUACUUUAUAUACAACAGGGCAUAUUCUGCAUGACUAUAACGACUAUGGUGUAAUCUGAAUAAACUGGUUUGUUAGCAUCCACAGGAUAGACUAAUAAUCAGCUGAGCACAUCAUAAUAUGACCAUGUCCAACUCUAUCGGUAGCAGACUAUGACAUUAAUCUUAUACUUUGAACGAGAGGUCCUGUACAUAAAAUCUUUCCAGCGUCUUGUUUUCUCUGUAAAACCACUCUGCCCCCUCGUGGCAGUUAUUCAGACGCCCUCCAGUCCCGCAUUUGUGCUAUUUCAGCCACAGUGAUCGUCAAAUGAUGAUCGGCAUUUUGCUGUUUCAAAAAGCAAAACGAGCAUAAAACAAAAGCAGGCUUUCUCCUGAGCUACACCCACACCUGUCUUCUUCUUCUUUCAGCCAGUUCAGUGGAAUGUUUCUUCUUUAAUCUCUGUAUUUGUACAUAGAUAGUGCAUGCAACGGAAAGGUGUAUGUUUGCAAAUAACUUUGCAUGUAAAGAUUUUGCAGAGAGUUUACACAGAUCAAUAAAGUCUAAGGAAAAAAACAA